AUGUCCACCCUGGUAGAGCAGCUAUCUGCUAGACAGUCGUUCAGCAACCGGCUGCCUCCACCGUGGAUGCCUCUACUUGGCUGCAGUCCCCCCAAGGGCUCCUCUGCGUCCGGCCGGCAGGUGGAGGGAGGGAGUGAGGUUCACAGAGAAGCUUCUAACGGGUCAGGGUGGAAGACGGAGCUCCUCCCUUCUGCCCACGUUGUGCAGAAGGCUGGAGAUGGACUGAGCUGUGUGUCGCAGAGAAGGACUCUGGUUUGGCAAACUGCUGACCUCUGCCACACGCCACUUGGAAGGGCUUCUCCCUGA